GAUCCCAUAGUGUAGGGGGAAGAGAGCGAAAAUAAAGAGCGGUAAAAGUCUCCACGGCAGCGGUGACACAUUGAAAGAGAAGACUGUGACAGACUGGAGAUCAUCGGUGGCAGUUCACAGGCGCACAGUUUUGUGAGAUUCACACACUUUUGGGAUUAAAGCCUGUGUCGCUCAGUACACCGAGUAGUACUGAGUCCAGUUUGGUCACGGUGGCAGGGGCCGGUUCAUGGCAGUGGGGCGGACGCAUGCCGUCUGUGCCUCCACAGCGAGAGGGACGCUUCGGCUUGGGAUGGGGUUGGGGUUGGGCUGCAUGGGCGCGGGCUCAGAGGGCGGGCGAGCUGAGACCCUGUGUGCCCGCUGGAGUCGGACCUGCGGCGGCAGGGGAACGUGGGGGCAUGAGAUGCUCCCUUCGCUUCUGCGUGGUCUUGGGAUCCCUGGCCCUCCUGUUCCUCACGUCGCUCUUCUUCUCCUUCUCACUGAGAGGAGGAGUCGGCUUGCCUUACUUGGAACCCCCGGGAUGGGAAGAGUCACGUAGGGUUAAGCUAGUGCCCAGCUACGCCGGUUCCCACCGGGUCAUCCCGGCCGAGAGCUCCCAGCAGAAGACAUGUGCCUGCUCUCGGUGCGUGGGUGACCCAGGCGUUUCCGACUGGUUCGACGAGAACUAUGACCCGGAUAUCUCGCCUGUGUGGAUUCGGGACAACAUUCAGCUGCCUUCAGACGUGUACUACUGGUGGGUGAUGUUGCAGCCUCAAUUCAAACCCCACAACAUCCAGCAAGUUCUACAGAGGCUGUUCCAGGUCAUUCCAGGCCAUUCCCCGUACGGUUCGUGGGACCCUGCCCGCUGUCUGCGCUGUGCUGUGGUGGGGAAUUCAGGAAACCUCCGUGGGGCAGGUUACGGUCCGGUGAUUGAUGGCCACGACUUCAUCAUGAGGAUGAACCUGGCUCCCACUGUAGGGUACGAAGAGGAUGCCGGCAGCCGUACCACACACCACUUCAUGUACCCAGAGAGUGCCAAAAACCUGGCGGCCAACGUUAGCUUUGUGCUGGUGCCCUUCAAGACUCUCGACCUGUUGUGGAUCACCAGUGCCCUCUCCACUGGCCAGAUCCGCUUCACUUAUGCUCCAGUGAAGCAGUUUCUGCGUGUGGAUAAAGACAAGGUUCAGAUCUUCAACCCAGCUUUCUUUAAAUACAUCCAUGACCGCUGGACACGUCAUCAUGGCCGCUAUCCCUCCACUGGCAUGCUUGUGCUGUUCUUCGCUCUACACGUAUGUGAUGAGGUGAAUGUAUUUGGUUUUGGGGCGGACAGCAGGGGAAACUGGCACCACUAUUGGGAGCAGAACCGCUAUUCUGGAGAGUUUCGUAAAACAGGUGUCCAUGAUGCAGACUAUGAGGCCCAGAUCAUUGACAAGCUGGCCAAAGCUGACAAGAUCUCUGUCUUUCCUGGAAAGUGAAUCUGGGCACCAGGUGCAAAGAAAUGGACCGACUGAUGGACUACCAUAAACAAAACCACCUAUUAUCCACUUGACACACUUAGUGUGCCUGUUAAACGUGAUCAAGAAGUAAUUUUUCAUGAUCUUAUUACCAUUCUAUGCUGUCCCGAAUGGACAGGAUUCUGGGCAGCAACCCUCAUGAUGUGGUGGUUUUGAGAGGAGACACUAGUUCUAAAUAUACUAAUGUGCUUUUCCUUGCAAGCCUACCUAAACUAGGACAACUUGACUUGGAACUUGACUUUGCAAGGAACACUAAUAUCUCACCACUAAACAGCAUGUUAGGUAUAUGUGCUGGGAAUGGAUUUGGCUUAUAUUUAUGACUUUUGUUGAAUAGUGAUGAUGCGGGAACACUUAUCUCAUGCCGAGGCCAGGUAGAUGAGUGAGACCAACAAUCAUCAUAGUGUAUCAUAGUACUCUAGUAGUUCUCUGUUGAUUCGUUAAAGAGAUAGUUGACCCUAAAAAUGAUCAUUUACUCCACCUCAUGUCAUUCCAAUCCUGCAUGAUUUACUGUCUUCUACAUUCAGAUAUUUUGAAGAAUGUUUGAACUGUUUAUGUCAAUGAAGUCAAUGGGUCCAAAGUAGUUUUUGCUACAUUACCUUGACAGAAUACAGGUUUGGAAUGAAAUUAAGUUGAGUAAAUGACACAAUUUUAAUUUUUGGGUGAACUUUCCCUUUAACUGAAAGCUUGGAUAGUGGCUGGUUGUUUCACUAGUGUUAUAGCACUGCAGUUAUACUCCUCACGUCACCAGACGCAUGUGGCUGAGUGGACUUCCAAGUUCAUGCUGUUAAACCAAGCUUUAUUUUGUCUUAUGAGAUAUUUUAUGUUUCGUUGUUCGUGUUUGAAAUGAUCAUGCUAACAGUUUGUGAUCACUGUGUGCGCACAGCAGUCUGAACAACCUUGUUUUUUUGGUUCGUUCAUUUUUGCUAAUUACGUUUGAGUACUGAUCGUUCCUCUGGUCUGAGAAAGAUGGACCGAUACUCAACACCAGGAGCUAAAACCACCGACGCAGUCCAAUAUGAACACAUAUGAGCAAUAUAUUAAGUACAUGUGGAGUAUGUUUAGAAACCAACGCUACUAAAGGUGUGGUGCUAGUUCUAGAGAUGCACUGUGAACAGUGGUAGAGCUUCUUUGUUGAUCUUCAGCACACUACUAAAUUUAACGUAAUAGUGUUAUAUAAUGGAAAACGACAGACAAAAAGUAUUCGAUUGUGAGAUACCGAAUAUAAGCUUUCAUUUAUGAAGCCUGAUGUAUUGCGAUACAAUUUAUGACUAGCUGACAGACAGAUCUUGAAGUUCUGGUGGAAUUCAUUGAUAAGUGUUUUCUUGAAGUCAUGUAGACACUCCUUUGCAGCUGUUCAGUCAUUUACCAUCAACAAUAGGUGAUUUUUUUUAUAUUUAUUGUAAAAUUUGUAUAGUUUUCCUUGCAUAAUUUAUUACAUUAUAAAUGUUUUAGACCAUACGAAGGAUAAGCAGAAAGAUCCGCUUGAACGACAAGUGCUUUCUACGGAGCCCCUAAAAGGUGGGGUAAGCGAUUUCUGGUAGUCAAUGUUGACAUUUGAAAUCACCAAAACAA